AGUAGAGAGAGGGAGGGAGGAAGCAGGGGAGGAGGAGGAGGGACCCUUCUCGGCUGCGCCUAUAAGUCGGAGAGAGCGCGGGCUGUGAGCUGAACAGUCUCCCAGCCCGGGCCCUGAGGGUGGAUCAUUGGGGAGAGGACUGGUAAGGCAGCGGCCCCGGAGGCAGUAAUGCGGGACUCCCGAGACCUGGCUGGGAAGAGCCGGCGUCGAUUAAGGCGGGUGACUGGGCCAGGGGAGCUCCGGGCAGCCUGCUGGGGGGAGCUGUCCGCGGUGCUGGAGCGUGCGGCGGCGGCGCCGAGCUGAGCCUGAAGGCAGAGAGCUCUAGCCCACUGGGGAGAGGCGGGGGCACCCGGAGACGAGAGGACCAUGCCUGGAUUGCGGCUCCUGAGUCCUGUGGAGGCGGGAACCUACGCCACCCGCCAGCAGGCUCCUUGAAAGCGCCACUUCCAUCCCCAGUUGCGGCUCAGCCAAACACCUGCAUCACCAACCCACCUACUCCCACCCUUGGAAACAUGGAGAGCCUGAAUGACGUGCACAAUCCACUGUUGGCCAGAAGUAAUGGUCACCUCCCCAACACGUAUCCCUUCCAUGAGGACUCUCCAACCUGGGACUGCCAGGAGAAGUUCUACUCCUACUUCUUUGGCAGUGCUGGCCAGACCAGAACCCACCAACUGUUAGAUGCAGGGUCCCUACAGCUGGCUGUAGAGGCACUGUAUGGGUCCAACUUUCUCCUCAUGAAGGACAAAGCUAAAGAGUGGAAAGGAGAUAGCUGCGAGACUACCUUCACAGAAGGCAAGGAACCCCAGGCCAGCACCCUUGAAGGAGACCAGAGACCUGGCCAGACUGAGGAAGAUGCCAAGAUUCAGACAGUGUCCUUUGAAGUAGAAGAUGAGCUUCUGGAGGUGGAGGAAGAAGAAGAUGAUGAGAGUGACUCCUCCAGUGUCAGUGAGAGUGAAGAUGGUUUUCUCACUCUACCACCCCGGGACCACCUUGGCCUUGCCAUCUUCUCCAUGCUCUGCUGUUUCUGGCCUCUGGGUAUUGCUGCCUUCUACUUCUCGCAAAGGACCAGCAAGGCCAUCUCCAAAGGGGACUUUCACCUGGCCAGCACAACUUCUCGACGGGCCCUCUUCCUGGCCAUCCUCUCCAUCACCCUUGGCACCGGUGUCUAUAUUGCAGUGGUAGUGGCACUGGUGGCUUAUUUGUCCAAAAGCAGCCAGGACUAGUGGGACCCACGUUGUCUCCCUUGAGCAGCACUCAGUCCUUCCCUCACCAGUGGUUCAGGGGAGCCCUGAAUCUCUUUAUCCAUGGGUACUAAUACCCUAGGUAUCCUGGUGUUUGCAGACGAGCUGGAGCCAAGAACCCUAGACUCUCACUUUCCAACAUGAACCCAUUUCUGUCUCCCAAAAGGAGCUGGGGAAGAAAAUGUUAUCUGGCCCACAUCUGUCUAGCCUCAGAGACUCUUGAUCUCAUCUUGUUAUGUUUAGUUCUCCCCUCAGGUAGGCCCCCACCCAAAUGAGGGGUACAGGGAGCUUAUUUCACUGGCUCCCUUUUCCUGUCCUCCCUCAAUUCUCUCCAACCUGUUUCAUUCCCUCUGUGGAAGGGGGCACAGUGGUCAAUGCUAUGAUCAAGGUAUGCCAGGCCUAGUACCAGCUGCUGGCCUGAGACAGGCCGAAGACACAAACCCACCUCAUUCCCACCAUGUUCUGCCCCUUUCCUGGAGACAGCUCCAUAGACGUUGCAAGUAGCUAACUCCUUCACCCUCCCAAGUCUCAAGGGAAGGGACAGGAGCAUGGAAGAAGGUUGGGACUGCUUGAUAUUUAGGUUGCUGAUCGAGAAAGGGACAAGAGGUGACCUGAUCAAAACCACAUCAGAGGCACUUGCUGAGAGUCAACCAAGCUGGAAACAGACCUGGUCCCCUGAACAUGGAUCUUGGACUUGCUAUCUGGCCGAUGACCAAAAUGGAUCAAUUCGAAUUUGCUUUUCUCUCACCAAAUAUGGGAAAUAUCCAUUUCAAUUCAAUUAAACAAAUAUUUAUUAAAUGCCUGCCCUGUGCUUUGCACAGGACUAGAUACUGAGGGAGAUACAAAAUUUACAGAAGGUGAAUCUUUUACCUUCAUGGAAUUUUUACACUCUAGUGAUCUUCUUUGAUACAUCAUGAGAUGUUUCCUUUUGCCACCUGGUGGACAUGGUUGAGCUGUGAACAGAAAAUGAAUGAUGAUUGGUCAUUAAAAACCUUU